GUGGUCCACACUUGAUAAAAUAGUAAGCUAUUACGAGCUUCUAUAAUACCCAAAAACCUUUAUCAUCGUUGCCUCUUCUUGUCACCACAUGCAAUCUCCUAUUCAUGCGCUCUGUUAAAUUUGGGUAAAACAAGAAUAGUGGUUUUGGUUUGAGUAUAUGAACAUGGGUCUCUGAAAGUUUAGGGCCAGAGAGAGAGAGGAACUGAUCAGAGCUGUAUGUUGAUUUCUUCAUGGAUCUUUAUCAAGUUUGAGAUCUGGGUCAGCAGAUGUGACUGAGAUUUGAAGACCCAGUUGCAGUUUUGCCUUCAACAGAUUUAAUUGGACUGAGAAAAUGAGCAAGAAAGUGGAAUUCUUGUUCAUUUUCUCUGCAAUUAUCUUCUUUGGAGCAAUUUCAUGGCCUAUUGAUGCUGACCCAGUUGAGGAUAAGCAAGCAUUACUAGAUUUCCUCAACAAUAUUCGACAUUCGCAUCGUCUCAAUUGGAAUGAGAACUCUACUGUUUGCAAAAACUGGACUGGAGUGACUUGUAAUGGUGACAAUUCUAGAGUUAUCUCCCUCCGGUUGCCGGGACUUGGGUUUGGUGGUUCAAUUCCACCCAACACUCUUGGUCGCCUUUCAGCAAUCCAGAUUCUGAGUCUCAGAUCCAAUGGUAUAUCAGGCUCAUUCCCUUCUGAUCUGUACAAGCUUGAGAACUUGUCAAAGCUUUAUCUUGAGUUCAACCAAUUCACAGGCCCAUUGCCGUUGAAUUUCUCAGUUUGGAAGAAGAACCUCACGGUUAUUGAUCUCUCAAACAAUAGCUUUAAUGGCAGCAUCCCUUAUUCGAUCUCUAAUUUGACUCACCUCACAGCCCUGAAUCUUGCUAACAAUUCGCUUUCGGGCGAAAUUCCUGAUAUCAAUAUUCCUAGUUUGCAGCAGUUGGAUUUAUCCAACAAUAAUCUCACAGGAACUCUGCCACUGUCUUUUCAAAGAUUUCCAAGUGGGGCAUUCUCUGGUAACAAUCUUUCAACAGGAAAUGCUGUUCCUCCCUCGCUUCCGGUUCAGCCACCCAAUGCUCCUCAACCGUCAAAGAAGAAAACAAAACUAAGUCAGACUGCAAUACUAGGAAUUGUCCUAGGAGGAUGUGUACUGGGGUUUGUGCUAGUAGCUCUUAUGAUGGUUAUGUGUUAUUCCAUGAAAAAUAAUAGGCAAGAGGAGUAUCCACCUCAAUCACAAAAGAAAGAAGAGUCUUCGAAGAAGAAGAUUUCGGAUAGCCAGGAUAAGAAUAACAGGCUUGUGUUCUUUGAGGGUUGUAGUCUUGCAUUCGACUUGGAGGACUUAUUGAGAGCAUCAGCUGAAGUGCUUGGCAAAGGAACGUUUGGUACAACCUAUAAGGCAGCUCUAGAGGAUGGAUCGACUGUUGUGGUGAAGAGGUUGAAGGAAGUAAGCAUAUCGAAAAAGGAGUUCGAGCAGCAGAUGGAGGUGGUUGGAAACAUUAGGCGUGAAAAUGUGACUGCGCUAAGGGCAUUUUACCACUCAAAGGAUGAGAAGCUCAUGGUGUAUGAUUACUUUGAGCAGGGGAGUGUUUCUGCAAUGCUACAUGGUAAGAGAGGGGAAGGCCUGGCUCCUUUGAACUGGGAAUCUAGACUAAGAAUUGCUAUUGGUGUUGCAAGAGGCAUUUCUCAUAUCCACACACAAGAAGGAACAAAACUUGUUCAUGGAAACAUUAAGGCCUCAAACAUUUUCAUCAACUCUGAAGGAUAUGGCUGCAUAUCUGAUGUUGGUUUGGCAACAAUUAUGAGUCCAGUGCCAACACCAUUGACGCGGGCUAUAGGGUAUCGAGCCCCAGAAGUAACCGAUGCUAGGAAAGCAACGCGUGCAUCUGAUGUCUACAGUUUUGGGGUCUUGCUGCUUGAGCUUCUAACCGGAAAGUCCCCUGUACAUGCUACGGGUGGUGAUGAGGUAGUCCAUUUGGUGAGGUGGGUGAACUCCGUAGUUAGAGAGGAGUGGACUGCAGAAGUGUUUGAUAUAGCACUUUUAAGGUAUCCCAAUAUAGAGGAGGAAAUGGUAGAGAUGUUACAAAUAGGAAUGGCUUGUGUGGUGAGGAUGCCAGAGCAGAGGCCCCAGAUGGCUGAUGUUGUGAAAAUGGUGGAGGAAAUCCGGCGGGGCGAUACUGGAAACCCGGUUAGCUCUGAUAGCAAUCUGGAGAUUUCAAUUGCAACCCAGACACCACGACCAAUUGAAAUGGGAUCCUCUUCUGUUCCACCACAAUAAGAUUCACUAUUAGUUCUGAUAAUUACUUCUUAUCACAGAAGUGGGUAUAUUCGUCUUAAAUUUGGCAGAUAGUUUUGAUCAGUUCAGGUUGGUACCGAGUUGUUGUAUCAUUUAUUCAGGAUUUUGUUGUUAUUCAUUUGACAUUCAAUGUUCUUUUCUUGUGAAUCAAGCAAAUGUCUCUAGUGCCGGAAA